CGUGACAGAGCUUUGGACUGGCGCGACCCAAAAAUUAAUGCAAUUCGGCGAGAUCGCAAAUUCCGAGAAUCGCAGAGUUGAGUUUGCAGUCUCUUUGUUCCAAAGAACAUGUCUUCAUCAACGAGUACUUCGGAGAAAGAAAUCAGUUCCCACAGCAAACAGGUUCUUGAGGAAGUGAACAAGCACGUCAAAAAUGCCUUAGACAUUUUAAACCGCGAGACGAGCAGAGCUCGCAAGGAAAUGGAAGCUCUCGACGAGGCAGCAAAGAAGCUCGAGCAUGUUCACUUCUCAGAAAUGGUGAAACUCAAUGUUGGCGGCCACCUUUUCUCGACCAGUCUGGCAACCCUGAAUAAAGAUCCAGGUUCGAUGUUACCCGCCAUGUUUUCUGGAAGAUUUGACACAAAGCCAGGCGAGGAUGGAUCUUACUUCAUUGAUCGUGAUGGAACUCACUUCCGGUAUAUCCUGAAUUAUCUUCGCACUGGGCAGCUUAUUGUACCAGAAGACAAGGUUCUUCGCAAAGAGCUCUUGGCAGAGGCGCAAUUUUAUCAAAUUGAAGGAAUAAUCAAUGAAAUUAAUGAGCUGAAAGCAAGAGCCUUGAAGGAUUCUUUGCGCCUCUCAUCAGAGCCAGGGGUGUCUAAUCGAUGAGUUCAAAUCAUUGGAAACAAGAGAGGAUGAAGCCCGGGGGGAGACUCCUAU